AUCAACAUGGAACCCACCAUGCACGAAAAACGUGCUCUUCUUAAAACGAAGAAGAAAUCAGUCAAAUUUAAUAUUAAAAAGACACCAAAGCAGUUGAGUAAACUUACCUUGCACGACAUCGAACCCAUUGGUGGAACUGAGGAAGACUUAAGGUUGAUUGGAGACAUUUCAGACUCUGGCGAGGAGGAAGUUGCUCAUCAAGGGGAGGAGAAAGAAGCUGACGUUGAUCCCCAAGAGCUGAGGGACUACAUCCAAAAUCUGGGCUUCAAAAAUGUGUCAGCAGACAAAUCAUUUGCAGUGGAAGAUGUUGACGGUAAAGAGAAGCCAGCCAAGAAGCAGAACAAGGCACAGAAGAAGCAGAGAUUAAAAUUGGAUCCCGACGUGCCCGUCAAAGAUGCUUCCCAGGACGAGACGAAACCAGCAAAAGCUCAAGGCAGCAAGAAAGCUAGGAAAGGAGCGAGCGGUUCGCCCGACGGCAAAGCUCCGGGGAAGAAACUGCAAGAUGUGACAGAAACAGCAGUGCAGCAUGCAGAAGUCUCAUCAAGCACGUCGUCAGGGAGCCACAUCCAUCUGGGUCCCAAGAAGGAGGUCUCCGCACAGAAGCUCCUAGAAGAUUACACACCCCGGAAGCAACUGCUGUUUGAGGCGGAAGGGCUGUGUUAUUAUCGAGAGUUCCAGUCAGAUCCUAAGAAGUUUGAAAUGUCUGAUGGUAGCACUGUUGCUGCAUUUAAGGGGCUCGCUGGCAGAUUGUAUGCCAAUGAAAUCCAGCUUUAUAUAUCAAGGAAGAAAAGCGAUGCCAGUACCAAGGCACAGUGGAUGCAGACCGUCGUCUCCUCUGGCGUGCUGACUGACAAAGUUGCGGCCUUGACCCUCCAGGUGCAGACGGCCCCUGUUCACACUCCGGUGGCCCUGGAUAGCCUCCUGACCAUGGUGAAGAAGAAAGGCAGGCGGGAGGCGCUGGUUGCCAUGGACGCCCUCAAGCAGCUCUUCCUCCAAGAGCUGUUGCCGGAGAGACGGAAACUCCGACUCUUCUCCCAGCAUCCAUUUACACUACUGAAUGACUUAAGCAAAGGAAAGCGUGAAGAGCGAAAUAAAAGACUGCUUUUAUGGUAUUAUGAAGAUCAACUUAAGCAGAAGUACCUGGAGUUUGUCACAACACUUCAGAAACUCUCGCAUGACACCAUACCGGCCGUGAAGCAGAAAGCUAUGAGUACAAGCCAUGAGUUACUGAGUCACAAACCAGAGCAAGAGAAGGCGCUGUUGACGUUACUGGUCAACAAGAUUGGAGAUCCAGACUACAAGAUUGCUGCCCGAGCUGUUCACCUCUUGCAAAAGCUAGUUGAGGUGCACAUCAACAUGAAAGGUGUUGUAGUCAGUGAAGUAGAGUCACUGCUUUACAGAGCCAAUGUCAGCUCCAAAGCACAAUACUACGCCAUCUGUUUCCUGAACCAGCUGAUCUUGAGCCACGAUGAGCCAGACCUUGCUACUAAACUGAUUGUAGUUUACUUCUCAUUUUUCAAGGCUUGCAUGAGGAAACAGGAUGCAGAGCAGAAGAUGCUGGGAGCUGUGCUGACGGGAGUAAACAGGGCAUAUCCAUUCUCAAAUGUUGGAGAUGAGAGAGUAGGUGAACAGACGGAUUCCCUGUUUAAAGUGGUCCACAUUGCACCCUUCAACACUGGCAUCCAGGCAUUGCUGCUGCUGAAGCAGGUUCUGGAUUCCAAGCAAACCAUUUCUGACCGCUUCUACUCGGCUCUGUACAGUAAGCUGCUAGAUCGGAGCGUUGAGAGCUCACCCAGGCAAGCUAUGUUUCUGAAUCUUCUCUACCAGUCGCUCCGAGCAGAUGCCAUCAUUGGCAGAAUCAAAGCAUUUGUGAAGAGGCUUCUGCAGAUAUGCUCCACCCAGCAGCCACCAUUUGUCUGCGGGGCCCUGUUCCUAGUGUCUGAGAUCAUGGACUCCAAACCAGCGCUUCGUGUCGCAGCCAUGGAUGCCGUGGAUUCUGACGACGAGGAACACUUUGUGGACAUUGACGAUGAAGAAGACAUGGCAAGAGACAAUAAGGCAAAGAGGGAUGUUGAAAAAGACACUUUGGAGCCGGCGUCGUCUUGGGUGCAUCACAAGAUUAAAAAUCCUGACAAGAAGACAAAGUAUGACCCAAUCAACAGAAAUCCACAGUUCUGCGGAGCUGAAGGGAGUGUCUUCUGGGAACUAACCAAACUGGCAAAUCACUACCAUCCCACGGUGGCGCUCUUUGCCCAGACGAUACGCGAGGGUCUGAAGGUGCACUACACGGGCAACCCCUUGCAGGACUUCACCCAGAUGCGUUUCCUGGAUCGGUUUGUCUACAGAAACCCAAAGAAGCAAACAGAAAGGGUCAAGAAGUCUAUCAUGGAACCUAAAGACAAAGCCUACAAGCCAUCUGCUAUCAGACUGUUGGCUGUCAACACCAAGGAUUACCUCAAGACCGCUGCAGAAAAGAUCCCCAUCGAUGAACUCUUCUUCCACAAGUAUUUCACCUCAAAGGGGAAGAAAGCCCUGCUUGUCACAGAUGAAAGAAAAGACAGAAUUGACAACCAGGACGGUGGCAAUGAUGACUUUGAGUUUGACAGUGAUGCAUCUAGCGUCGACGAUGAUGAAUUUGACAGGAUUCUUGAAACAAUGGACUUGGAAGAUGAAGAAGUAGAAGGCGAUGAUGAUGUCGUGGACUUUGCAGGUGAUGUGAGCCGGAAGAAGGAAACUAAGACAAAGAAGAAGGGGAGAGCAUCCACGGAGGAUUCUAGUGAGAGUGAGGAGGACUUUGACGGCCCUGAUGCCAGUGAUGACAGCGACUUUGGAGGGGAUGAUGAUGACGAUGGUGAUGAUGGAUUCACAAUUGAGAACGACGAAUUUGAUGAGGAGGGGUUUGGGGAAUCAGACACCUCAGAGGAGCUUCCUUCAGCUAAGGCAGCCAAGCGAAAGACUAAGAAACCAGCCAGGCAAGUUGAAGCUGGUGACGACUCCGACUCUGAAGGGGAGAUGGACUUCCUGGGAGCUGUGGGCGGGGCGAAGAGGAAAGGCGGGAAGCCUCCUAAAAGAGGCGGCAAGAAGAGGAGGAAAGGAGAUGGGGCCAUGCAGAGCGCAGGCAGUUUGCAGGCAACAGCGGAAGAGUUUUCGUCCUUAAUGGACGAGCAUGUUGGGGCCAAGUUUGACAGCAUCAGCCUAAAUGCCAUGGCUAACAAGGAUAAUGCAGAUGCCAAACAGCUGAACUGGGAGAUGCGGAGGGACAAAUGGAUCCAAGGCAGGGACCCAAAGAGCAUGAUGCUGGCCAAGAAAAAGGGCCGGUUCACCAAGGGCAAACCCUUCAAGAAGGGACAGGGACGAGAGCUCCAAAAGGGAGGGCCGUCAUCAGGCAGAAAGGCAAAACAGCAGAGGCCUUUGAAGAGAAAGUGAUCAUUGUAUAGAGGAAGUUCAUUAUAUAUUAUUGAAGAGGAAAAAAUCCUAUUCAACAGUGGAGGCUCGCAAGAUUUAUCGCAAAAGAGUUGGACAGGUGUUUCUCCUCAACAGUUUUUCCAUUGUCAUUGCAAAGUAUUCGUUAGUGCCAACUGGAGGUUUUAAGUAAUGUCUUACGAUCAUUCUUACAUUAGCUUUAUUAAAAUCAGAUAUACCGUUCUUACAAAAUGCCUAUUCUUGUAGACUGGUUGAGUUCACUUUUCCAUUGAUAUGAGCCUCAAACAUGCAGGCCGGCAUGUGUGCCGAUAUGCAUGAGGGUGUGAAUGACAUAAAUGACAAUAGUACCAAAACCCAACAUUGAAUUGAAUUGAAACUCAUAAUGAGGGUUUUGUUUAACAUGCAUGUCAAUUUUCAAAAAGAUCAAGGAUGGGACAGCUGAGAUCACCCCUAGCUGUAGGGAAAAACCCUGUCCCUUUAAGGGUUAUUAAGGGGAGUUCUUCAUUUUGCUGUACCCUACGUACGUGCCUCUGAAAGAGUAAACUUCUGACUGGCAGAUUUGUCGUCAUGUGCUUGCCGAUAUUCCUUGUUGAGUACCAGCAUGCACAAAGGGAUGCUGUUAAUGCAUGUGUUUUACUGGACAGUGGUGAAACUGUCACAAGGGGUAGCAGGGUACCAUGGAUAUGUUGCAGUUCUUGCCUAAUACAAGGUAACACAACUGAUUGAAGAUUAGGUAUUGUAAAAACCAAACGCGAGUGUAGCAGUUUAUUUGAAGUUGACAGUCAUUUUUUUGCUCCAGUUGAUAUUAGAAGUUGAAAACCAGUUCCUGCAGCUUCAAAUCGGGAGCAUGUUGCCCUCCUGUCAUCACGGAAAAUUACACGCUGAAGGAAUGCAAAAAAGCACGUGUGAUUUGUAAGCGAAUCAAAUAUUUAUUUGAAAGUAAAGCCUUGAACAGCCUGUGGAAAUAAAACACAGCUAUUGGUUUAUUUUAUGAAUGGAAUGAAAAAAACAACAUAUAUUGUAUUACGCCCAUACAUGUAAAAAAUCUGUGGAAGAAAUGGUAUUACGUCAGUUAAUAUUCAACUUUUUCAAACAAGAUUUUGAAAUGUCUACCGAUUCUACUUUUAGGUGAAUAACUCAUGGAAUAAAGAGUUUAAAUGUGCAUAUUUUGAUC